GCUCCGGCUCCUGCACCUGCUGCUGCUACUCUCGCUUUUCUCCUCGCCGCGCGUCGGGCGCCUCCUCGGGGAACGGGCGCGAUGGAGCCUCUGCCGCUGGCGCUGGGAUUGGCUGCGUUGCUGGGCCUUUCUUAUGGUGCGCUGCAGGUCCAGGUCGGAGCAAAGUCGGUGGUGGUGAUUCAAGGACAGCGGGCCAUCCUGCCUGUUUGGUAUACACCUGAGAGCACGGAGCAGCCCUUUGUCACCUGGCACCUUGAAAGGCCUCAUAAACAUUCACAGAUCAUGGUGUACAUGACCGGCGGGACAAAAGUGGUAGAUUCGGAUUUCAACCGUCGGCUCAGCUUCCUCUAUCCCAUGCCUUUCAGUAAUGUCUCCAUUGCAAUUAAUAAUACCAAAGAAGCCGACUCAGGGCAGUACAUGUGCACAGUGAACCUCCUCAACAGUGGGAGCGAGCAAAACAUUGGACUCAUCAACCUUACAGUCCUAGUUCCUCCAUCCCAGCCAAAGUGUCAGAUUCAUGGAAGCCCUCGUGUCGGGGGGAACAUUACUACCUGCAAUUCUACUUUUGGCAAGCCUAUCCCUAAGUACAACUGGAGACGCACUGGACCCACCGAUCAAGUUUUCUUUGAACCUGUGCAAGACCGCAAGAGGGGGAUUCUGAGGCUAAACAACCUCACGGCGGGUAUGUCCGGAACCUAUUUCUGCAAUGCUUCUAGCGAUGCUGGCUCUUCCAGCUGCACCAUCGCCCUGGAGGUGUAUCCACCGAUCAAUGGAGCCAUGGUGGCUGGUGCCGUCAUAGGAGCCCUCAUUGGACUUGGCCUGAUCAUUUUGUUUCCACUCCAGAUGCUCUUCUACAGAAGGAAAAUGAAAGAAUCACAGGAGGAGAUUGCCAAUGAGAUCAAGGAAGAUGCUGUUGCCCCAAAGACUCUUUCCUGGGCGAAAAGUCCUGGCUCUGAUAUCGUCUCCAAAAACGGCACCUUGUCCUCCAUGAACACGACCCGGGAUCACAAACUCUACCCGUCCAAGCCGCCCUCAGACACGGCCUCCAUCACCACAGCCACUGGGAGCACAGUGGGCUACAAACCCCCUUUCAGCAACCACCGCGGCGGGACCCACACGCCGACGCCCAGCCUCUCCAGCCAGUCCUUGCCCCUCUACUUCCCGCCGAUGGCAAACGGGGUCCAUUGCCACCAUGCCAAUGUGCCAAUCCAUAGGAACACCCUCCACAGGACAAACGGGGCUCAGCCACAGGCCCCCCGACUACACGAGCCUGCCGCCCCCACCCAAGGGCUCACCUCCUCCACCCUGAGCCGCAUGGGGGGCGUACCCGUCAUGGUGCCUGCUCAGAGCCAAGCAGGAUCCUUGGUGUAAGGGCUUGGCGGCGCCCCCUAGUGGUUCUAGCAAUCCCAUGCAAUGCAGAGUGGCUGGAAGCACUGGCUCUGGGAUGCCUGCCUGCCUUCAGAGCUCCUGGGCGAGGUUUUGCGGGUGUGUCCUUCGAAGGAGCAGUUUUCAAGGAACCGCCAUCAAUGAGACUUUGCAAAGACUUGUGAGACGGGCUUUUUGUAACACCUUUCAGAACUCUUCCUCUUGGUGCCCGAGUCGUGUCCAAGAGGCCUCUUAACAGCAGAGGCUGUAUCUACUCGAACAAAUACCAGUGGAUCUUUGCUUUGCAGGAUGUGAUUCAUUCCUUUCUCUCUCUCUCUUAUUGGAGGAAGCAGCUGUGCUGGGAUCGGCUAUCUUGACUUGGGGAAAAACAUGCCAGGGCAGAUCUGAAACCUGCAGCCAGAGUGAGGUGCUUCCUUGACCUGCCUUUCCUGGGAGUAGCCCAAAAGGAUUGGAGGGCAUUGGGUGCUCUGGAGGAGAUGGCAAAGAAAUAUUGCAGUCAGCGGCGUAGCGUGGGUUGUGAGCACCCAGGGCAAGGCAAGUAAUUUGCGCCCCCUAACCCGUGGAUUUGCGCCCCCUAACCCGUGGAUUU